CUUUGUCUUAUCCUGGCUUUAAGAAUAUGGCAGAAUUUUGGAAAGCACCAGAACUGAGGAUCGUCCUCCUGGGUAAAACUGGAUCUGGGAAGAGCGCCACAGGAAACACCAUCCUGGGAAGGAACUGCUUUAGGUCAACCAUAUCAUUUGGCUCAGUGACAAAGGAGUGCGAAAAGGGCGAGGCUCUAGUUAGUGGUAGGAGAAUCGUGGUUGUUGAUACGCCUGGGUUUUUUGACCACAAAAAAUCAUUAGCAGAAACUUCCAAAGAAGUUAAAAAGUGUGUGAAGCCAGCCUACCCAGGUCCACAUGUAUUUAUUCAUGUCAUUAGAUUGGCAAAAUUCACUCCAGAGGAAGCAGAAGUGUCUGGGUUAAUCCAAAAUAUUUUUAGCCUUAAAGCAAAGGAAUACAUGAUCAUUUUAUUCAGCUACAAAGAUGACCUGGGAAUUAAACCUUUGGAAGAGUUCUUGGAGGAAGGAGAUGAGCUUAAGGCUCAGAUUGCCCAAUGUGGGGGACGGUGCCUGGCUUUCAACAACUGGGCUCAAGGCAAGGAGAGGGAAGCGCAGGUAGACGAACUCCUUCAGAUGAUCGAUGCCUUGAUGGAAAAGAACAGCCAAGCCCCUCACUAUACUGAAGACAUGCUGGAAAAUGACCAAGAAAUGUUUGAGGAGAACCAACAAUUGAAAAAGGAGAAGAAAGACCUGUUAGAAAAGAUAGAACAGCUCAAAAAAGAAAAAGAGCAUGCAACUUCUGUCCGUGAGCUGCUUUUUGCUGACGAUGCUUGCCCUCGUGCCCAAACGGAACGCAGUGCUCUGCAGCCUCCACAUUCUGCUUUGCUACAGCGCACAGAGCUCUUUGGGCUGGACUUCAGUCUGAAAGAAACGCGGCAGAUAGUCACCAACAAUGCCUCCCUGGCUCGCUGGGGGCAGGAGCGCACUAUCACCGCGCAGCUUUUUCGAAAGCUCACGCGAACGGUCUGGAAGAGAAAUGACAGCAGAAAGAACCGCACCCGGAACAUCACCCAGGAGACUUUCGCUGGCUUCUGCAACGGACCUGUUUGUCCGAUUUCUUUUUAG